UGGAAAAAGAGGCAACAGCUUUGCGAGCAUCUACUUUUUAUUCUCCCUUAUCUGCUUGACUGCUAUUUAACUCUUCACCAUGGUCGAGAAAUUUGUUGGCACCUGGAAGAUCGCAGACAGCCAUAAUUUUGGUGAAUACCUGAAAGCUAUCGGAGCCCCAAAGGAAUUAAGCGAUGGUGGGGACGCCACGACGCCGACAUUAUACAUCUCCCAAAAGGACGGAAACAAAAUGAGAGUGAAAAUAGAGAACGGGCCUCCUACGUUCUUUGACACUGAAGUAAAGUUCACAUUAGGGGAGGAGUUCGACGAAUUUCCUUCUGAUCGAAGAAAAGGCGUACGAUCUGUCGUGAACUUGGUGGGAGAGAAGCUGGUGUACUUACAAAAGUGGGACAGCAAGGAGACGACGUUGGUCCGAGAGAUCAAGGACGGUAAACUGUUCGUGACACUUACGAUGGGAGACGUCGUGGCUGUGCGCAGCUACCGGAGGGCGUCGGAAUGAACCCGUGUCGCCCUGUCUUCCUCCUCCGUUCGCCAAAACUCGCUUAUAUGACGUCAAAUGAUUAAAACAACGUGCACAUUAAUGACUUAAAUCUUUCCAUACUGAGUGAAUAAAUACUUAUAUCUCUUCAUGUUA